GUGAGAACAUCUCUCAUCGGUCUAAUGCUCAACAAAGAAGGCAAGGCUUUAUGGAGUACACAGCUUUUUACCAUUUCCCUGGUCAAUGCCAAAGUGUCAAGUUCAUGAAAAAAUCGGAGGGACAAGAGAGCUAGAGCGUCGUGAAGUCUCGUAUUCAUUCGUCGACCAUCCACACUGCUACCCAUCCUAAUAAGAGCAUGCCCCGUGGCAAACUGGAAAAUUAAGAGAUUGGAAGAAGAUACAGCAGCAUGAGUAUUCUUCUUCGCGACGGAGCUGAAUUCCAAGUGCAAGCCAAUGUUCCAGCGACAUAACUUUUAUCCCGUCGCGUCGAUACGCGUUUGUACUUUCAGCUUACGCGAUCUUCAUCAAUCUUUGCUUCUUUUGAGGCUUCUUCUUUUUAUAUUAAGGCUUUCCAGUCUAUUCACUCGCCUAGUUGAAUAGACGAGCUGUAAACAUGACACAACCAAAUAAUGCUCAUCUUCCGGUCUUUGUGGCUGAGAUGGAAGAUGUUCGACCAUUUGCGAAACUCUUGCGUGGUAUUGGGCUCAAACAUAACGCUAUAUUGGACGCAACAGACAACUUAGUCACAGUCACUGUCGAGGACGCUCGGACACUUUGCGCUGCCGCUUACAUCCCAUCGCACAUCUUCUCCUCAUGGACAUUCCGUAGAACCGAUUUCCCAGCCACAUUCGAAUUCUCCCUUGACUCUCUUCUUCAGUGCCUAAACAUCUUUGGUAACGCCGGUUCGUCAGGGAAGGAGAACAUUUCAAAUCUGAGAAGUAAGCGGCGCUGGGCUGGGGAAGCGGAAAACCCUACAGGGGAAGGGAGUGGAAGUGGGGGCGGAGCGGAUGAAGACCGGAGGUGGGCGAAAGAGAGGAAGGGGAUGACGGGUAUGCGGAUGGAGUGGAUGGGUCCAGGGUACGAGCUGAACCUCCUCUUGCGAGACGAAUCCAAAGGUCCCACGACGACAUGCGCUUUACGUACCCUCGACCCGGAAGAAAUUCUCAACCCAAUAUUUGACCAAAAUGAGCGUGCGCUAUACGUCAUCAUGCGUUCCGACUGGUUGCGCGACGCCCUCCUUGACCUCCCACCUUCAUCAUCCCGCAUAACACUCAGCGCCAUCCCACCCCGCGCUCAUGGAAGAGGUCAUGAUGGUGAUGGUGGUAAUGAUUCCCCCGAGCGCGAGAUGAACGCCGAUGUAACAACCUCUACCAUACGGACAGGAAGACGGAUCGAUGAAAUGGGACAGUUCAGUAUACAAGCUGAAGGAGAUUUUGGGAGUGUCGAGUUGGAUUAUCCGAAUGAUAAAGAGGUGAUGCAGAGGUUUAUCUGUGUAGACGAGGGGAUUUCUUUCAGCUAUCAUUCUGCGCAUUUCGCGCAUCUCUCGAGAGCUUUGCAGAAUUCAAUCAAAGUGUGUCUGGAGAUUCAGUCUGAUGGAUUUCUUUCUGCGCAGAUUAUGAUGGCGGAAGGCGAAGAACUUGGCGAGCAUGGAGGGUUGCUGCACUACAAGAUGCAGGCAUUGGAAGACGAGAUUUUAAGUUAGGCCGAACAUUUAUUUAUGUUGUGUGUAACAGUACUAUUAGGACAUGUCAUCACCAUCAACUCAUACUACAUAUAACCCUCUCGCAGCGCUUAUCUGACGAUCAAUUCAUAAGACACAGGCAACGAGCAUUGGAUAGAUACAAAUAUUGAAAAUUCCCACUUGCAGGGGAUUCAAGUUGCUUCGUCCCUAAAAGGCUCUGGCUUAGUAACCGUGGCUAAGACGCAUAAAAAAUCAGCAACUCGUUCAACAAAUCAAUUCGUAUCGCAGAGUAUACUCACAC